GUGGGGAGCCGCUCGGUCCCGGAAACUUUUCCCUCGUGUCUUGGCCGCCGCCGCCGCCAGCGCCCGGGAGCGCGUUGCUGGGCGUGCCCAUCCCCGGCCCGCAGUCGGGGCGCCUGGCCGGGGCCGCCGCGGCGGAACCGCACCCAGAGAAGGGGGCGCGGGGCGGCAGUGGCCGGGGCUGCCCGCGGCCGGGGGAGGCUGCCCCCCGGGCCCCGGCCACUGGGCCGGGCGGAGCCGAGCCGUGCGAUGGGGGAGGCGCCCAGCCCUGCGCCCGCGCUCUGGGACUGGGACUACCUGCACCGCUGCUUCGCCCGCCACCGCGUCUGCAUCUCCUUCGGCCUGUGGAUCUGCGCCUCCUUCUGCUGGAUCGCCACCCACGCGCUGCUUCUCUAUCUGAGAUGUGCAAAGAAAUCCAGACGGGACCAGACGGCGCUGUGUGCUGCGUGCUGCCUCCUGACCAGCCUGUGUGACACCGUUGGGGCGAUUCUGGCCAGACAGCUCACGAUCCAGGUUUUCACUGGUGCCUACCUAGCGGCUGUUGACUUGGGGAACUUUGUGUUCAUUCUCUUCCCAGUCUGUGGCUCCAGACACAAGUCUAACUCGGGUCGGGGGUCCCGGGAGAGGAACAGGAGAUGGCGGCUCAGGGCCAGCGUGUUUGCCCUGGCGCUGCCGCUGAGUCUGGGCCCAGGCUGGGCUCUCUGGGCCACUGUCCCAAAGGCUUCAGGCGUCGUCCGAGGGCCACAGCGGAGGCUGCUGGGAAGCUUUCUGCAGGAUGACACUGAAAUCCUCGGCUACCUGCUGGGUGGCAUCGCCGCCCUCGGCUCCUGGGCUUCCCGGAUGCCCCCACUCUCCAGAAUCUGCCAGGGUAAGACGUUUCCCUCCAUCCACCUGUGGACUCGGUUCCUGUCUGCCCUGGCUGGCCUCCUCUACGCCUCAGCCAUCGUGGCCCAUGACCGGCGGCCUGACUACCUGCUUCGGGCCACACCCUGGUUCCUGACCUCCCUGGGCCGUGCCUCGCUGGACCUUGCUAUCAUCUUCCUUUCCUGCGUGAUGAAGAGCAAGAUGAGGCGGGCCUUAGGAUUCACCUCUGAAGCCAGAGAGAUCCCCGACACGCAAGCCCUCUUGACCUGUGCAGAGAAAGAGGAAGAAAACCAGGAGAAUGCAGAUUGGGUGCCUCUCAUGACACUGCCCCACUGCAAGCCACUCAGGACGAUGGCAGCCAUCAGUCGCUACAUGGAGCUGACCAUCGAGCCAGUGCAGGAGGCAGGCUGCAGCGCCACCAGGCUGCCCGGCGACGGUCAGACGAGCACUGGAGACGUGUCCCUCCAGGAGCCCCCCUCGUACCCUCCCAUUCAGGUCAUCCGGGCCCGCGUGUCUUCCAGCAGCUCCUCCGAGGUGUCCUCCACCAACUCCGACCUCGAGUGGGACCCUGAAGAUGUAAACCUCAAAGGGAACAAAGAUGACGUGGAGAAGCUCAGAUCCCAGGUGCACAGCUGCUCUAUGAGGCCAGUGGACUUGACCUCUGAUGAGUAACACUUUCUGGAGCCAGCUCAUCAGUUCAGAGCCCUAGGCCAAGUGUUUGUCAGGAACUGAGCAGGGAUCAACCUUCAGUGACACCUGUGGCAGGAACGUAAGCUUCUGCCGAGUCUGCCAUGAAAGUGAGGAACCAGGAGUUGUCGCUGAGCCUGGCUGGUCUGAGCCAUGGCUCAAAAUGGAGCUAAGACUUUGUGUCCUGUGGACAGACCUAGACAUGCCCAGAGUUUGUUCUGAAGAUUAGAAGUUCACAGACCACUCUUGCUUUGAGAUAUAAACCUUCAUCUAAAGGACAUUGGACUCUCUUUUCCCUUUCCUUUUAGAUUCAGCCAUACUCUAAAUAUCUGGCGGGUGCCAGGAAGGAGUUCAUCUACCAAACAGCUAAUGUGCUUGGGUCUCAGUAGAGCCCCAUUCUGCAGGACCUGGCCAAGCCUAGUUGAUGAGAGGGGUGGGCCCAUGUGCUGGGGGUCUGGGACACAAUCACAGGUACUGGUGGGACCUGGCUCCUGCCCUCUGGUCACCCACUUGACUUUUCUGUGGGAAGUUAGAGCUAGGACUGCUUGGUCAACCAGGUGUUUGUGAGAUCAUUGGUAUUGCAAGGACAAGCAAAGCCAACUGCUCUGGGUACCAGGACUUGCUCCAACCUGGCAAGGUGUGUGCUGGGAUGCGGUUUGCAGGUUAGGGGGACUGUCUGCUUCAGGAGGUAACUGAGAGCAUGCAGAGGGUAAGAGGCAUGGCAGGAGGUGUUCGAUUCCAGCACAGCUACCCCAUUUUAGGAUUAUUUUGGUACUGUGAUCGUGGGUGGAGGGAAUGGGGCUAAGGUGGGAGGAACACUAGAGUGAAUAAAUCCUGAUUGAGUGAAUUGAAGUAUUGCACUGUUAACACAGAGAUCUGUCUGAAUCCCAGCACAGCCACGGAAGUCUGCCAUGAGGGGAACUGGGAGAAAUGCCAAGAAACACAGCUCUGCUCCUGGCUGACCCCUAGCAGCCUGUGUGACUCAGCCGCUGCUGCCCAGUUUCUCCUAAGGGGUAGUGCUCGUCCCAGCAGCAUGAAAAAUGGGGAGCCUCCUGGAAGCAGGUUGGUUCUGCAGGUCUCUGCAGAGAUCCCAAUCCCCCAGGUGACCUCUGAGCUAGAAGGGAACUGCAAACCACCCUAUUUAUCCAACUGCUCUGGACCCCGGUUGUCUUGUAAAGGAGUUUGCUCAAGUCAGGUUUGCCUUGUAAUCUUAACCACUGGAGCUGUACUUUGAGGGAAGAUAAAGAUUUGAGUUAGGGGGAGAACAUUCCAGCAGAUGAAACCACACAGAGGACUGGAAGCAGGGAAGGGCAGAAUCUAGUCAAAGAAGGAGGAAUCUAAUGUGUCCAGAAUGGGCAGUACAGUGUGCGCUAUAAGGGGUGAGUAAAGAGGCUGGAAAGGAACCAGACUGUGGAGGCUAGGGAGUUGGUACUUAAUUCUGUGGCUAACUGGUAGCCAUUGGAAGAUACCUGAGUAGGAAGAUGACUGGCAUGCCUCAGGUAGGCCACAGCUGAUUGGUGAGUUUUACAUCUCUAUGCCCACAACUUUUCAGGAAGCAGAAAUGUACAGUCACUGCUAUAGAAUGAACAUGGGGAACAUGUUUAAUCUGAGUAGUAACAGCAGGGCAGGAGGCAGGCUCAUCUUUAGAAAGGCAGAAGGCAUGGGAAUAUGAUGACAUCUCUGGAGCUUGCCUUUAGCACAUCCCCUCUCUCUCAAGGGGAGGCUGGCUUAUGCUCCCUGGGGCACCAGAAAUUAGUUGGAUCCUGAUGGAAAUGGCCAUUCACCCAAGAAUAUCAAUUGAUCUUGGUGGCUUUGAGUAUCACAAACUACUUGAGUUCCAGAUGUUGACUGUCUCCCUGGAUCUCAUCAUCCCAGCCUCUUCCUUCACAAAGCAGUUCCUAUCAUUGUGGUCCGAGCUUGUCUCAAAGCUGAAUCCCACAUCUCUUCAUCCAGAGCAAACGAUUAAACUGAGAAUUUGGGAAGCAAAGUUUGGCCUCAUUGUUCAGUGAGAAUCUGCCUGUUAUGCAAAGCUCUGGAACUCUGGAGUGUUUGUGAAGAGGUGCCAACCAAAAUGCCUUUCUCCUAGUAGGAGUGUCCCGGGCCUCUGCUGCAGCUUCAUCCCUAGCUGUUAGUCAGAACAGGAGGAUAAUGGGAGUUACCUGCCCUGAAGACUCACUGAGCAGUGCAAGGGGUUACCUACCCUGGGGAGAGGCUGGGAAACAAUCUGUGUAAUCAUCCUCUCCUGCCCACUCAUCUGGGAAUGAGAUGGUGUAUUACAGUCUUAGCUGUGCUGCCUAUUAUCUCCAUAGCUUGGAGCAGUUAUCUAACCUUUGUGAACUCCUAAGGCUGACUGAGAAUAAUACCUACCUAGAAAGCUUGUUGU